CCGGGAACAGUGCGCCGGCUACCGAGUGGGGCGGAGACGAUGGCGGCGCCCUGCCCACCUCUGGGAGACCAGGUAAUGGGGAAGGGGUCUCUUCUGCUCAGGGCUGGUGAGGAGUUCCUCGCAGUAGAACAGUCAGGAAUACUUUACAGUUGUCAUUCAAGAACUUUGAAGAUGUUUUCAGGGAAACUAUGUUUAGUUUUGUGCCUUUUUCCCUCUCCCAGGUUAAAUUCCCUGUUAUUAGUACCCCUGUGAACGAGUGGAAAGAAUUUGUGCUCUCAGCCUCUCUAUUCCUGUAUACUGUUUACCUCCAGAAUGCUCUUUCUGUGCUUUCCUUUUCUGUAUUUUGGCCCUAUUGCCUAUUACAUUUUUCAACAAUUGUUUCUUAUUCCUAGUCUUGUCAGAAGCAUGGUACUUUACAGUUCUAUUCUUCAUGGAACUUCAUUCCCUUCCCAGCACCAUCGUAUUUUGUUUUACUUUUUCAGAAGGAGUGAUUUGGUUUUUAAGAGUAUUUUUCUUAUUUUCUCCAAGCACAGAUCUCUGUGAUAAUUCCUUUCUUUGAUACUGUAAAAAUCUCACUGCUGUGAACUGUGACUUGGUAUAGUUCAUGACUUUGAUUUUUAAAUAUCUUGCAGUCUUUUUAAUCUAAAUUUUCUCAUUUCUUUUGGCUACUUUCUAACUCAUUUAUCUGUAUAAAGGACCAUUAUAGUUGGUUAAUUAGAAAAGGAGUAGAACUUUACUUCUCUUUCCAUUUUAUUUAAUUUUAAUGUAAAUUGCGUAUUCAGUUUACAUUCAGAUGAGGUGAAGGUUGGGUUGACAUGCUGUUGGAGAAUGCUGGAGAAAAAUAUGCCAGAGUCCAGCCUGAUCCACAACUCAGUAUGGCUGUUUAGUACUUUGAGCCUGUUUUGUCAGUAGCCAUAUGUUUUUCUUUAACAUUUGCAUUCUGUGGGUACUAAAACUGUUGUUUUUUGGGGGGUGGUGGGGCAUAUUUGUGGGAUAAAUUUCAUUGUAACUAUGCAGAAGCCAAAGAUUGGUAACAACAAUGAUUUUUAAACAUAGCUCUGUAUGCUUUCAGCUCGAGAACUCUGCUUUUGAGUUAUGUGAAAUCUCUAGUGCUGUGGAAAGGAGUUAUUCACUAUUGUUCAUUCAGACUUUGCUUGAAUUAUGGAGAACAAUGAAUUCUUUUACCUUGUCAUUUCAAGAUGAAAAUGCAAAGGUGGUGGCCUUGUCCAUGUCACCUGUGGAUGACACUUUCAUUUCUGGGUCUCUUGAUAAGACCAUUCGGCUCUGGGAUCUCCGCUCUCCUAACUGCCAGGGUCUCAUGCAUCUACAGGGCAAGCCUGUUUGUUCUUUUGAUCCAGAAGGAUUAAUUUUUGCUGCAGGUGUCAAUUCUGAAAUGGUCAAACUAUAUGAUCUUCGUUCUUUUGAUAAGGGGCCAUUUGCAACAUUUAAGAUGCAGUAUGAUCGGACUUGUGAGUGGACAGGACUCAAGUUCAGCAAUGAUGGCAAGCUCAUCCUCAUCUCCACCAAUGGCAGCUUCAUCCGUCUGAUCGAUGCAUUCAAGGGAGUGGUGAUGCAUACGUUUGGGGGUUAUGCUAACAGCAAGGCUGUCACAUUGGAGGCCUCAUUUACUCCAGACUCCCAGUUUAUUAUGAUUGGUUCAGAGGAUGGCAAGAUCCAUGUCUGGAAUGGAGAGAGUGGUAUAAAAGUAGCUGUAUUGGAUGGCAAACACACAGGCCCCAUUACCUGUUUGCAGUUCAACCCCAAGUUCAUGACCUUUGCCAGCGCUUGUUCUAACAUGGCCUUCUGGUUGCCCACCAUUGAUGACUGACCUGCACGGUGCUUGGCUGUUUUCUGUACAGCGAGGGUGGCAAGUAGGAAAAACUCAGAGGGGACUAAGAUAAUAGUGGGAUUGGAUCAUUUGACUGGGCUGGAGAGCAUCCUUCCACAUGGCCUUCCCAAGAAUGUGCUGUACAUCUGCUCAAAAGAAAAAAGUUACUUUGCCGAACUUCUUCAAAAGGACUCUUGGUGUGGCCGACUCAAUCGGGACUCAGACUUGCCAGCUGUCACUGCACCGAGCUCCUCCAGAGGAGUGACCAGACUUGUGAUGAGGGUAUAGUGGGGCCCUCGAGACGCCUUCAGUUUUGAAUGUAUUUGCUGCUGAGGAGUCGGUGAAGUUGUUCAUUCUGCACAUCCCUUCUCCCCCCCCCACAAAUGCAUGGGAAGCCACAGUUCUGAUUUUGAGAUGCUAGGGCAGCUUAGUGCCCCUUGCCCUCCCCCUGCAUGUCUUGUUACUGGGUCUCCCUGUGUUAUUGUGGCAUUCUCCACAACCGUUGCAUUACUUAGGUGCCAAACAUUUACAGAAGUAAGUCUCCAUGUAUUUUAGGGUCAGAAAGGGACAGAUACAGAAGGACCUUGCUUUCCAGAAGUCUUGCAAGUUAGUCAUGUGAAGGUGGGUGACCUGACCAUGCCUCAGGCUCUGGGUGGGCAAAGGGUCAAGAGCCUGAAAGGGAGGGAGGAGUGGUAGCAGGUGAAUUCCUAGGGCUGGGAGGUCUAGCAGCAGCUUGGUGUGGUCCUGUCAUCAAGACAAACCCACGGUCCUUCUGGGUGCCUGCCAAGUUUGAUUGUGUAUGAAAGCAAGGUGGGCGUCUGUUUUUGUACAUGAGCUCCAUCACACGUUCCUGUGGGCCAGUAUUGUGGAGUGAGUCCGAGUUGUUUACACUGAUGCCUUCCCUGCCCACCACAAGUUGUGUACAUAGUCUCCAGAUGAUCCUACCCCUUCCCCAGCUCCCAACACGGGGCUGGCCUAGGCCUGUGUUAUAUGUUAUAUUUAGCCUUUUUAUAUAUGACUUGGGAUUCUGUUGUUUGUAUUUUAGCACAGUGUGUGUACACCUUCAUUUAAAUAUAUCGUGUGUGUGCAUACAUAUAUACAUAUAUGUGUGUGUGCACAUAUAUAUAUAUAUAUAUAUAUAUUUUAAAAGUAUCAAAGAGUUCAGCUGAAGGAGAUGGAGUCCCAUGCCCCCAGAGAAAGACUGCAUCCUUGCUAAUAGUGUUUGCCACAAGUGUUAGUGAGUCUUCCCUAUUACCUUUUUCCCUUCGGGAGACUAAACAAAAGCAAAGCUUUUGUGUGUUUGCUGUCCCCAUGGCAGCUAAGUGAGGGUCUUGGAAUGACUGCCUUGUGUUCCUCAAGUCGCACUUUGGGGCCUUCUCUGCAGUAUUAGCCCCUUUUUUGCCCAGUGAUGCUCUGUCUGCGCCUAUAUGUGUGUGACAGUCACUUUUGCAUGCCUUUUGUGUCUGGCUUCUAGCAUUUGGGGACAGGAUGCUGGAACCAGAGCAUUUUCAGCUUGUCUGAGGCUUCUUUGCCAAUUACAGGUCACUCCUGUUUACCUGGUAUGUCUGCUUUCUUGCUUCUUUUCCUUGCCUUGUCUUGGGGAGGAUUCCUGAUCGGGGUUGAGAUGAGCUGCAGAUAGCUCAUUACCUUUUCCCCUGCAUGGCCUUCUUAAGAGCAGGACAAGUGGCAUAUUAUUUCACCAAGUUCCCAAACAUAUAAGCAAGUAACACAUUCCCUGCAGACCCAGAAACAGGCCCAACAAGGUUAUGUUUGACUUGCCCAAGAGUACCUGCCCGCUGGUGGGGAAAGCAAGCCAUUACUCUCACCAUUCAGCAGCAGGAAUAGGCUGCGAAUUGCUAGCAUUUACUGUUUUGUUUUCUUUUGCUUUUUUAGCAGUUACUUUUUGGUUUGUUCCUCAAAUUUAAGGGCAAGGGGCAUACAUCUUUGCCAGACAUAGACUGGAAUCUACAGUUUCUGCAGUGCUACACUCUUUAUAAAGCUCUGCAUUCUCAGAGUGGAGAGACUUUUAGAAACCAAGUGAUCUGAACGAUUAACUGCCCACCUCUGGCUUUCCAGGGUAGAAGAUUCAUGGUAAGAGUAACUGUUCAGAGAGAGUACUUGGAACUGUAGGUUAACAAGAAGGCCUGCAUAAGUGACAUUAUCUGUACCCAGAGCAGCCACCACACAUGACUUGUCUAUCUGCAGGAAAAUGAUUUGUAUUGAGUUCCUGUGUGUCCGAAGCAGAGGCAGCAGGUCCUUUGAAAAUAUGCAUUGCGCUGCUUCUGUUGAUGGGGACCUGCGGUUGCAGAGCCAGCUCCUGAGUUGGGAAGGAAAGGGAAAGAUGCAGCUGGAAGUGGCCGAAGAUGAUGCGGUGGUGGAAGUAAGGCAGAAUUAAGGGAGGAGUGUCUGUGGGUCAGAGACGCUGAGGAGCACCAGGGCUGCUAAGGCACCUUCAGUGGGAGCCGAGGUGCUUAAGUUCUCCUGGGGGUGGGGGGCACACCAGGCUCUCAAGAGUCAGGGCCAAAGCCACUGAUUUAUAUGUGACAGUGACACUGCACUGCUCAACCACCAGCUAGUGGGGUAUUUUUUGUUUUUUUAGGGGAAAAAACAUAACUUGCAGUCAUAAUUAAUGCUUAUUAAGAAAAAUCUGGGAAUUUUAAAAAGAAUCAGUUUACCACCCAAAUGUUACCACUGCUAAUCUUUUGGUGUUAAGUGUUCCUCUAGACAUUUCUGUGCAUAUAGAUUUUUGGUGUGUUUACAUAGUUGUUAUUCUACUGUAUAUACAAUUUUAUGUCCUUUUUGUACUUAACAUAUAAACUUUUUUUCCAUGUUAUCUGUCUUAAACAGAG